AUUUAAAGUUUCCAUCCAUAUUUCUGGUGCUUAGUAAAAAGAGAAAUACUCUGGCCACCCCACCUUCCCAUUAUGGAAAAGGGUUUAACGUUUUGCUCAUCAGAAAAGUAACAAAAAGGAAUUUGUAAAAAUUUGCUAAUAGUACAACAUUUGUGUGUUAAAAGUUAUUUAUUUAAUAGAAAACUACACAGCCAUGGAACCCUAUAAUCAACCCGUAGUUAUUGAUAAUGGUUCUGGUAUGAUUAAAGCUGGCUUUGCAGGUGAGAACAUUCCAAAGUGCAGGUUUCCAAAUUAUGUUGGACGUCCAAAGCAUGUUCGUGUUAUGGCCGGUGCUUUGGAGGGUGAUUUAUUUGUGGGCCCAAAAGCUGAAGAACAUCGCGGUCUGCUGAGCAUUCGGUACGCUAUGGAACACGGUAUUGUUACCGAUUGGAAUGAUAUGGAACAUAUAUGGGGUUACAUUUACAGCAAAGAACAACUAUCUACAUGCACUGAUGAACAUCCGGUAUUACUUACAGAAGCUCCCCUAAACCCUCGCAGGAAUCGUGAAAAAGCUGCGGAAUUUUUUUUUGAAGGUAUUAAUGCGCCCGCACUAUUUGUUUCUAUGCAAGCGGUUUUGAGCCUAUAUGCAACUGGGCGUGUAACAGGUGUUGUUCUAGAUUCGGGUGACGGUGUCACGCAUGCAGUUCCAAUUUAUGAAGGAUUCGCUGUGCCACACAGUAUAAUGCGUGUUGACGUCGCCGGUCGCGACGUGUCACGUUAUCUCAAGACUCUGAUACGUAAAGAAGGCUUUAAUUUUCGUACAACGGCGGAAUUUGAAAUUGUUCGCUCAAUCAAAGAAAAAGUGUGCUACUUAGCUACCAAUCCUCAUAAAGAAGAAACAGUAGAGACAGAAAAAUUUGCUUAUACCCUGCCUGAUGGUAAAUUAUUGGAAAUAGGUCAAGCCCGAUUUAGAGCACCCGAAGUUCUAUUUCGACCCGAUUUGUUGGGAGAAGAAUGUGAAGGAAUUCAUGAUGUGUUGAUGUACGCCAUUGAAAAAUCCGAUAUGGAUCUCAGAAAGAUGUUGUAUCAAAACAUUGUAUUAUCCGGUGGCUCUACGCUCUUCAAAGGUUUCGGUGAUCGUUUGUUAUCCGAGUUGCGGAAACACUCCGCUAAGGAUCUUAAAAUCAGGAUUGCCGCUCCUCAAGAGCGACUCUACUCCACUUGGAUGGGUGGUUCGAUUUUGGCUUCGUUGGAUACCUUUAAAAAAAUGUGGAUUUCUAAACGAGAAUACGAAGAAGAAGGUCAACGCGCCGUGCACAAAAAGACUUUUUAGAUAUUCUAUUGUUUUUUUUUUUUUUUUUUAACUUCUAUAGGAAAAGUCAUACUUUAUAAUUUUUUAUUUUCUUUAAGAAAUAUGCGCUAUUCUUCUUCAUAACUUAGAUGUAUUUGAAAGAAUACAGGCCAAGAAAAUUCUAUAAACUAAAUCAUCAAAUACUUGAAGAAAAAACUCAUUAGAAAUACUAAGGAAAAAAAAGAUGAUUUCAAGAUAUCAGCCCCCGCUUAAUUAUUUGCGUUAGCUUGCAUUUCCUUGAAAGCUUGUAAAAUGACAUUAAAAAAAAAAUUAAUAAAAAAAAUAAAAAUGCUAACCUAGAA